AUGGGGAUAGAGUAUCGGUAUGUUCCCACACCCACACACAACUCCAGCACAGUAGAUCACCGUGCCCGUAGGUAUCAUAUCAUAGUCCAAAGCUCCUCACCAACUCCCCAAUCGUCAAUAAUGCCACCUCCACCACCACAAACCACAAACCCAGAUGCAGACGCAGACGCAGAAGCAAUACUAACCACCUACCUGGAAAGUCUACCCCAAAGCACAAACCCCACAACACCGGAAGACCAAGCCCUCCUUCGGUCCUUCCUGAAGAGACUCCUCUGCGAAAACUGCCCAGACACACCGGUAUCAAUACCCACCCUGCUAACGACCUCGCUUCCAACAACCUACCACGUCGGCACCGGCAGGACACAAACCCAAGCUCUGACCCGGGCGAUCAAGCGCGCGAGGCACGAGGUAAUAUUCGUGACGUGCUUCUGGGCGACCAGCGAGUCGCUGGCCAUCCUCGGCCACGCGCUGCGGGAGCUGUCCGCCAGCGCGGUAUCGAGGGGGGGUAAGGUCCGCGUGCGGAUAUGCUUCAGUUCCAUGUCGGCGUGGCAGAAGGUGAGGCAGGCGCUCUCCCCCGGCGGGAGGAGGAUGACGUGGGACGUGUCGGAGCUGGGGCUGCCGGGGAGCGGGGAGCUGGCGGGGUUGGACAUCCUCGUCCGGAGCCUGUUCUUCCCGCCCUUCUCCGUAAUGCAUGGGAAGUAUUGCGUUGUCGACCGGAGGCGGGCUUGGAUCGGCAGCGGGAAUGUCAGCUGGGAGUGCUGGGGGGAGGGUUGUGGGGGGUUCGAGGGAGCGGGGUUUGUCCGCUCGGUUCUGGCAUAUUAUCGGGCUGUUUGGGGGGAUCAUGAGGUGGCGUCUUUACCGGGUUGGGGGGAAGACGUGGUAGAGGUGGAAGAGGAGGAGGAAAACCUGGACGUCCUGGAAGAGGUAAUGGAGUGCCCCACCAUCCUUCUCCCAAACCCUCACCAUUCCAAUCCGAACUUCUCCUUCGGAUCCUCCAUAAAAUCGUUAAUAUCCCUCAUCCUCCCCUGCCCGCCAACCCACCAACUCCUCCUAACGCCACCACCACAAGCGCCGCCAAACACCCCGCAAAACGCCUUCCUCCUAACCCUCCUCUCCCUCGCCAAAACCUCGAUCACGGUCCACACCCCAAACCUGACGUGCCAGCCCCUCCUCUCGUCCCUCCUCUCCGCCGCUUCUAGGGGCGUGCACGUCACGAUAAUAACCUGCCGGAACAUGAUGCGUCUGGAGCAGCUCGUCACGACGCCCUUCUCCACCACGGAAUCCUGCGUGAGGGCCUUCGUCUCCUCGCUCCUGGACGUCGAGAGCGGCGGCGGGAACGUGGACUUGGGGUAUUGGCGUGGGUGUGGAGAUGUCAAGCAGUGGCAUGUCAAGGCUUUGGUAGUGGACGACGCUUGGACUGUUAUCGGCAGUGCGAACGGUGAUCGCGCGAGUUGGUGGGGGUCCGGGGAGAUCAAUGUUUGUGUUUUUGGGCGGGCGUAUGCGAGGGAUGUUGGUGGGAGGUUAGAGGGGUGGGCUGUGGAGGCAGGUGGUGUGGAGUGGGUUCAUGGCGGCAGGGAGUUGGGAGGUUGA